AUGUCGCCUGCAACCCUCCAAGUCAAUUCGUCCUCGAAGCUGCCGUCGCCCGGGUUCAACGCUGGUGCGCGUCCCUACCGCUCGCAUAAGGUCCGCGCCUGUGAUCUCUGUCGCAAGCGCAAAUCCCGAUGCACCGUUGAUAUUCCCGGCCAGUCCUGCUUGUUGUGUCGCGUGCAGGGUGCCGACUGUCACUACCAGGAGGAGCCGAACCCUGAUGCAUCAGUGUUGAGCACAACGGAGGCCAAGCCAUGGUCGGGACCGCCGCCGGUAGAGACCGUCUCCGGUCAAAAACGCAAGCGCAGUCCAGAUGGGCUCCCCAACUCUCGUCAGUCCACCAAUGGCCCCAGUCCACAAGGGACAGUUUCGUCGUCUGGCCGCCGUGGCAGCGACGCGCGGCGGAAAGACUAUGAUGAUCCGCAUAAUGAGUCAGUCCUCAUCGUUGGGCCGAUGGUGGCAGAGGAUGCACAGAUCAUCGAGCAACACAUGCCCCCUGAGCGGUCGAGCUUGUCUGAAGAACCUAAGAGCCACCCAUAUAAUACUUACUCAAGUGAUCCUCGAAAACCGGUCCUUUAUACCACCAUUACCAGGCGGCGAAAGGGCAUGCGCCGUGGUGUCCCACCGGGUGAGAACCAGAAAGAGAUCUUGGAGCAAAUUCUAGGACCAUUCAAACAUGACCUUGUGAGGCUCUUUAUCGACCGAUUCAACGUCGCGUUCCCUAUUUUUGAUGGCGAGCAAUUCUGGGAGUCCUAUAUCACCGACGGUCUAGAAGACCCCCCUGCCUCACUGCUUUGCCAGGUUUAUUCAAUGUCCCUUGUGUAUUGGAAGCAUACCCCAAAGCUUGCAGCACAUCCAAAGCCCGAUGUACGCUAUGCUGUCAACAUGACCGUAGCUGCACUGCAUGAAGAGUUUUCCGCGCCUGGCUUGUCAACCAUCAGCGCUGCAUUGAUUGACCUGACGGGUAGACCAAUCUUUUCCAUGACUGGAAAUGCCAUCAGCUGUGGUCGUAUGUUGUCUUUGGCGAAUUGCCUAGGCUUGAACCGCGACCCGAGCCAUUGGAAGCUCUCACAGCACGAGAAAGACCAGCGCAUCCGACUCUGGUGGGGGGUUGUUAUUCAUGAUCGAUGGGGAAGCUUCGGUCACGGUGUUCCGCCUCAGAUUGCCAAAACCCAAUACGAUGUACCCUUACCUACUGUGGACGGAUUAGUGCCUUUCAACCUUCGCACUCCCGAGCGUGUCAAAGCUGCUCAUUGCCACAUCUUCCUUUGCAAACUCACCGAGAUUCUUGGUGAACUCCUACCUCUAGUCUACGGCUUGCAGGCAAAGCUAGCACGCGAAAGCUCAAAGAAAUUGAGACAAAUUCGGACAGACCUGGAUCUCUGGGAAGAUUCUCUUCCUGACUGGCUCAGAGCGCCAGUUCCCAGUCGUGGCGAACAGAUAUGUGCAUCAAGCAGUCUACAGCUUGCCUUCUUAGCUCUCAAAAUGCUCGUCAGUCGAGUAGAAUUGAAUGAGGUCAAUAAUGCCGAGACUGACAAUCCAGAGGCUCGUCGGUAUUUUCAGACAGAAUGCCGCAGAUCAGCAGAGGAGAUCGUGCGCUUCAUUUCCUCUCUUCGAAAGGAUAAUUUUAAGGAGUUCUGGCUGCCUUAUAGCGCUUUUCACUUGACGUCCACGGCUACCUUGCUAGUCCGUUGCGCUCUUGAAACAACCGACAGCGAAGUUGCAAGGUCUUGCCUCGCCAAUGUUGAGACCCUCCGCUCUGUGCUCCGACGUGUACGCGAGGAAGAAGACUGGGAUGUCGCUGACAUGUGCUUGGACCACUGCGACCGUAUCAUGAACAGGCUUCCUGGCACAGGUGCUACAAUCGACCAAGCCAUGAACGCUGCAAUGGCAGACAAUGGGCUGGUCAACCCAGCCGCAAUAUCACUCCCUGAGACUCAAACCAACAAUGAUAUUGUAGACGAUAUGAUGUCCAUUUCCAAUACGUUUGGCACGAUGGACGGCUUCCCCUUCGAUAUGACAGGUAUCUGGGACGUCUCUGUGUUCCAGGAUGUCAAUCUCACCUGA